GAGGUUACCUCUGUGAUCUGUGGAUGGCAGUUGUGAAGGUUGUCAGCUGUGGUUGUCAGUUUUUAUUUUGGGGAAUAUUUCAUAUAAAUCCUUAAUAACAAUUAAGAAGAAUGAACAUUGUGAACAAUAUAAUUCGAGCCGUUUGCUGGCCGCGAACUCUGCCCUUAGCUGUUGGACAGAGUUUGGCCCAGAGUACCAGCCAUAUUAAACCAAUCGUUAAUGUUACUAGUUUAUUACUUAAUCGUUUUGCUGCCUUGUCGGUGCAAGAGCGCGGCAUGGCCUCAUUGGCGCAAAUGCACAGAUCGGGCCCCCAUGUGAAGCCGAGAAAUCCAAAACGAGUGCUGGAUGGAAGGCCAUUCAUGAAGGGGGUCGUCCUGAAAACGUUAAUAAAAAAACCAAAGAAACCAAACUCGGCCAACAGGAAAUGCGUUUUGGUGCGGCUAUCCAAUGGAAAGGAAAUGGUCGCUUAUAUUCCUGGUAUCGGGCACAAUCUCCAGGAGCACAAUAUCGUGUUGUGCAGGGUGGGACGUCUACAGGAUUGUCCUGGAGUAAAAUUGAAAUGCGUGCGAGGGAAAUACGACCUAGGACAUGUUAUCAAGCAAACGAAAUAGGCGCUGUAAUUUUUUUGGGAUAAUAAAAAGUAAACCAGAA